UCUGGGCCUCAGUAUACACAAGUCUUCAUUACAGUCGACACGUUAAGGACAAAAGGCAUCCUACGGGAUAAAAUCAAAAUGAAGACCAUCAUCUUAAUGUUGAUGUUUUCAUGUGUUUCAUCAGAUUGGCUGUCAGAGAUAGGUGGAGAGCAGGACAGAGUUUUAGCCGGACAUGUGUUUCAGGUAUUUCAGACAGCAACAGUUCGACAGUGUCACCGACUCUGUGGAUAUUCGGGAAAGUGCUUUUCGGCCAACUGGAUCUUGUCAACUGGUGAAUGUCAACUUAGUACCAGUGCCGUAGGUAGCGGUAGUUUGCAAGUGUCCGCGAACAACGUGUACCUUCCGGUUCAUCAAUUUCCCCCACAGACGCACCCAUGCGCUGAUGCACCAUGUGGAUAUGACCACGUGUGUGUCCCUAUCACCAAGUCUACCAACCAUGUAUGUGUACACGUCGACACACACACAAUCAAAUCAACCGGUACGAAUCCUACUAUAGCAACUACUACACCGGCACCAACUUCAACACUGGCACAAACUACAACGCCGACACUAACUAUUACAACACCUGCGCCAACUACAACGCCGUCACAGACGACAACACCUGAACCAACUACAACACCUGAACCAACUACAACACCAGAACCAACGACUUCAACACCUGCUCCAACGACUUCAACAUCUGCACCAACGACUACAACAUCUGCACCAACGACUACAACACCUGCGCCAACGACUUCAACACUUGCGCCAACGACUACAACACCUGCACCAACGACUACAACACCUGCGCCAACGACUACAACACCUGCGCCAACAACAACACCAAUUACUACAACACCUCCACCUACUACAACACCAACUUCUACAACACCCGUCCCAACAACAACACCAGCACCAACUUCCACUACAACUGUACCAACUACCACUACACCCACAACAACUACACAUGAUGGCACGUGCGUUGAUAACAGUGACUGCAGUUCCCUUCCCUUUACAGAGUGUUCAGACAGCCUCUGCGUAUGCACCGUGGGAAGUGACAUGGAUGAUGCCACUGGCAUGUGCAGAUCAUUAGCAGGCACGGGCAUCCUCGGCUCGGUGGCCCGUGCCUCUCCUUGGCAUAUCGCGGGAUAA